UACAUAUAUACUUUAUUAUUUAGUUCGUUUCAUUUUUGGUCUGUUAAUUUUCUUCGAUAAAUAAAAAUUUAAUAUGAUACGGUUAAAAUUACAAUAAUACAGCACUUGUUUUUACAAAUAUAUAUAUAUAUAUUAAUUUUUAAAUAUUAAAAAUAAAUAAACAAAUAUUGUACUAUUUUCACGGUAAUGAAAGAGUUAUAUAACUUAAAUAAAUUAUUGUAAUUGGCGCAAAAUUUCAAUGCUUUUUUUUUAGAAAAAAAGGGAUUUAAACAAUUUCUUUGUGGAAAAAAUGGUAAUUAGAUGAAAAAGGAUAUUAUAUUAUAAAUAUUAGACGUCUUGAAACUUGCCACUUUUCUAGAAUAUGUGAUAUAUCAUCUAUCAAAUGACUGAUAAUGUUACAUAAUAUUAUGGUUUUUGGUGCGUGAAAUUUGUAAAUUAUUAUGAUUAUCACAUUUUUACACAAUAACAAGGUUUGAAAUAAAAUUAAUUUUCUUCAUCGCUCAUUAUGACGGAUGACACAUCGCAUGAGAGCAUUUUAGAACAAUUAUUUGACUAUGUACAAUUAGGAGUAGAAAGAAGUUUGGAGAAAUUAAAAUCAGCGUGUCCUUCUGAAAAGAGAAAACAGAAAAAAUCGUGUAAAUCUCAGGAAACUGAAGAAGAAGAUAUAGGUCCUCCCUGUACAGAGCAACGGUCAUACAUACUUCCUAGUCAAAUCUGUCCCAAAACAUCUUCUUGCUGUUACAUAAAAAUGCAGGAUCCUUAUGCCCCGCGCUGUUGUGAGAUUAAGCCGCAGCCACCUCCAUGUCCUCCUAAAUGUCGUCGUCCGCGGCCACGAGAACCAACCUGUGGCUGCGAUCUUUGCAAAAAGGACGUCGAUAAUAAAUGCUGUGGUCCGAUGGUGGCUUUUCGCAGUGCGAUCAACGAUUUUUCCAAAUAUUUCGAGAAAGCAUAGAAAUUUGUUAGAUUUAAUCACCUCAAACAAGUUGUAAGUAAAAAGAUACUCAAGCAAUAAACAUAUAUAUCAAAAUUUAAAAAAAAA